GAGAAUUACCAUCGUCUUAUGAUUGUUAUCACCAACAAGCUUACUAUCAACUUACGCUCUAAUCUCUUCACACUUACCUACUACUCAUCUCAAGCUACACCGAGUCUUGAGUUCUCUACCAACACUUGCAACAUGAGCGAAGUGUCGCAGGAGGAAGAUCUGAAAUCUACCAUGUUGAGCCAAUACUCCAUCGGCUCUCAACACGCUCAACCUCCCCUCACGAUGAUCACGAUUAGUGGAGAUAGACUUCCCAUCAAGGUCGUCGAUCCUUGUACCCCGACUGAGACAGAGGACAAGGAAAUGGAGUACGAGUAUGACGAGUUCCUGGUGCUCGACACGUAUAUCUGGGACGGGGAGAAGAAGCGCAACCGGGAUGUUUUGGCAUGGGCAAACACCCUGGGAUGCAACAGGUUCUGGACUCGAGAGCAGAAGAAGGGCUUCAAACAGACGGUCAAGGACCUGAAAAAGUUCAAGCCCAACCAACUCAGGGUCACGUCAGCUACAACGUGA